AGAUUUAGGUGGCGGCGUGCUUGAGGAAAUGUUUCGGAAGUGUAAACGCUAAGGUAGGAGGAAAUGAGAGCAAAGGGAUGGAGCAAUUAUCCCUUUUUGACAGCCUAUUGGUGAAUAUACAGUUCCACACAAAAUACCAAGCACACACUGACUGGUGCACUGUCGUCGUUUGACAUCCAGUAACGUUAGCGGUAAUCGUGAAAGGGUGGUUGCUGAUACAUUAGGGACCAGGGCUAGCUGUGGGUCUGGUGGUGAGACUGAGCCAUACCUCCUGCCCCGCUGAAUAGUGUGUGUGAGAGAGGCGACUGGAGGGGGAGGCAGGUGCCAUGCUCCAGGGGUGAGGCGGGAGAGAGAGAGAGACACACACAGGGCUCAGGGGUGGUGGGUGAGGUUGCCAAGGAGAUGAAGUUGAAACAGCGCGUGGUGUUGCUGGUUGCCGUGCUACUCCUGUUGGGGCUGGCCAAAUUCUUUCUGCUGGAUGGAGGAGAGGGGUCCGCAGCCAGUCGACGAGACCUCCGGGCCUUCCGCAAGAUGGAGGCAGGCCUGUCUCUCUCACGCGGUGACCGGCUAACACACACCCUCCAGUCUCCAUGGGAGGUGGCAAACCAAUGGGUGGGCCCCAGGGAGGUGUACCCUGAGGAGACCCCCGAGCUGGCAGCCGUCCUCUCCGCGCUGGGCACUGCCCGAGUGGAGCGGGCAGAUGUGGGCUACAAGGGCACCCAGCUCAAAGCUCUACUAAUACUGGACGGGGGGCAGAAGGUGGUCUUCAAACCCAAAAGGUAUAGUAGAGGCUAUGUGGUAGAAGGAGAGCCGUAUGCAGGUUAUGACAGACACAACGCAGAGGUGGCAGCAUUUCACCUGGACAGGAUCCUGGGUUUCAGAAGAGCACCCCUAGUGGUCGGGAGGUUUGUCAACCUGAGGACUGAGAUCAAACCUGUCGCUACGGACCAGCUACUCAGUACCUUUCUAAUGCAGGGUAAUAAUAGUUGUUUCUAUGGGAAGUGUUACUACUGUAGAGAGAGUGAACCUGCAUGUGCGGAGGGAGAUAUGAUGGAGGGAUCAGUAACUCUCUGGCUGCCAGACGUCUGGCCUCUCCAGAAACACAGACACCCCUGGGGACGCACCUACAGGGAGGGCAAACUGGCCAGGUGGGAGUAUGAUGAGAGCUACUGUGAUGCGGUGAAGAAGAUGCCUCCGUACGACGCCGGUCCCAGACUGCUGGACGUCAUAGACACGGCCAUCUUUGAUUACCUCAUCGGCAACGCCGACCGACAUCACUACGAGAGUUUCCAAGACGACGGAGGAGCCAGCAUGCUCAUCCUGCUGGAUAAUGCCAAGAGUUUUGGGAAUGCAGCUCUGGAUGAAAGAAGCAUUCUGGCCCCUAUAUAUCAGUGUUGCAUGGUGCGUGUGUCUACGUGGAACAGGUUGAACCUGCUGAGAGCUGGGGCUCUGAGUUCAGCCCUAAGACAGGCCCUGACCUUUGACCCCAUUAACCCUGUCCUGGCCGAGCCCCACCUGGCUGCCCUGGACAGACGGCUGUCUGGUGUCAUAGCAACCAUCCAGCAGUGUGUGGAGUCGCUGGGCCCCGACAACACACUGAUAGAGGACCGCAUGAUCCUGCCACACCCCUAGAA